AUGCCAGAGAAGGGUCACGGGAUCCCUUUUAGAAAUUCCCGUAAUAUCGGUCUAUCGCGACUUUUACGAUGGUCAAGUUCCUCUAUUUGCUGGACUUCAUAUAUCAUUUAUCGCGGCUGGGUGGUUGGUCAAAUAAUGUUUGAUCCGAGAUCAGGGAAAAUGAUCAUACACCCUAGGAAUAUUUGGACAAAGGGGGCUCUGCUCGUUAAGAUAUUUGCACUGGUCCAUGAUAAUUCUUUCAAAGCAUAUUUAAUUGUGGCGUUUACUUUGAUGUUUAUAAAAAGACAAGAAACCCUCAUAGAGGCAAUCGCAGUGCAAAUAUCGCUUUUGAACACCGGCCGUCUUUAUUGCUGGCUGAAUAGCCUAUCCUGGAAUCGAAUUCGGGUAGACGCUCAUUUGAAAUCAAUUUUGGGUCCACCCACCUUGGAAGGCAUCUCGCUGUUGAUUCUUCAUGUUUUGCAAUUGCAACUUACCCUGCUGCAGACUUUCAAUCAUCCUUAUAUAAUGGUGAUACUAAAUACUAUGCUGCUGAAGUUAAUUUGCAAUGCCUAUGUGGCUUACCAGAUGCUGCUGCUCUCUUGGAUAGCUGCUAUUAAUCAGUUUUUAAAGGACUAUCAACAGGAGCAGCAGCCAAACAGAAAGCAACGCAAGAAGCUCCUUCGGCUACUGCGGGUAUAUGCCAAAAUCAGCAAUGUCCACCAGGAUAUCAAAGUACUGUGGCUUCCAGUGGCAAGCAUGCUUUUCUCGAAUAUUGUAGAGCUAGUGGAUAAUUGGUCUAGUAUUAUGGAUGCUAUUUUUUACAAGCAUUAUCUGGGCGGUGGCCUUGCGCCCUAGUUGAGGAUUCUACUCAUUGGUUUAUUCAAUGACCGAUUGGUCCAAAUGCAGGGCUUACUUAACUUGCAGCUUCUGAUAAUCGACCUUAGAAAUCAAAAAACUAAACAGCUGGAUUUCAGCUUUACCAGUGAGCUCAAAAAUCUGCAAACCUGUUUCGAUCUCCAGCUCAGGGCACAACCCAUUAGAAAUCAGAUUAUGAGUGUUAAUCAUGUGUGUGAAUGUCCUUUCGUCCUGGAUUUCUUCUUCUGUACAGUGCUAAAUUGCAUUAGUUGCGUUCAGUAUAAUAUGGCAAAUGGCGAUGAUUUCCUUGACGACUGA